AUGUGCUACGAUUUACUAACGAUACCACCUGAAAUCAAGCAAAAGAUAGCUACCUUCCUCUGCCCUCAUGAUGCUGUACAGGUGGGGCUUACAUGCGUAGCACUUCGCCAAAGCCUAUCGCUUUCUUCACUGGAUCCGCCUCUCCUUUUGUUUGCGCGCAUGGAUCGAGUCGGAGACUUUGAGCAUGGCGAUAACCCGGUCCGGGCAUUCCGCUUCCCAAUUUUGAACAGAAGGGUCCACUCCCUCUCGCUCGGUCUUCGCUGGCGCGACCAAGGUUGGGGAAACCGCAAAGGCCAAGUAUUUGUUACGGCAAUAUCUGCCAGUACUGUUUCACAAAGACGAGAUGCCUUUGAGGAUGGACGAAUCGUUUUCGAAUCAGAUAUUGCACCUCAUGAACAAUCGGCUUUGCGGAUAAACUUUGUGCCAAUCGACAGUGACAUAUACUAUUUCUGGUACAAGGCAGGCGGAGGAGGCGGUCACAGCUUACACUUAAGCGAUGGCAAUCUUCGCACUGUCAUCUUUGACGACGAGCAUCAAACUAUUGCUCAAUCAUAUCGAAAUUUGACUCGAAUCGGUGUCAUUAAUCCCGCGCUCCUCUUUGAAAAUGCACCUCCAGCUCAGACCCAAACUUUUUUUCCAUGUCUACUUGUUCGCAUAUUCCAGCUUCUCCGGCAUCAGCUGGAACAAAAACGAACUCCUGACGAGGAAUUGGUAACAUAUUUACAGGAGCACGAAAUUGCAGUGAAUCAAAGAAGUUUGUCGGCUUUGGAAGGACUAGUACAGGCUGAUAUCGAAGAACGGGAGAUUCGAAGACAUGAGGGAAUGGAUCAAGUGCGAAAUCAUGCUCAUAUACCGACCAUCUUCGGCCUAGGGCGUAUUCUGCUUGCGAACCCUGAGUUCCUCGUAGCCAACGCACAGAAUCCUGACGUACUCCAAGCCGCCAAUCAAAUAGACGAAGGAGAACACUAA